AAUUGCGGACGGACCGGUCGAUGACUGCAGAACAAGCGCUUGCCCUUUUAACUUGUAUGCAGAGGAAUUGCCCUCGUUUCACAAAAUAUUCAUCGUUUAGCGAUUAGGAUUUUAAAAGCAUCAUAAUGUCUCUUGCGGCAGAGGCUUUUGUGUCGCAGAUGGCAGCUGCUGAACCUUGGCCUGAAACUGCAACCUUGUACCAGCCACUGAAGGAGGAUCAGAUCCUGCUCUCAGACUGUGCCUCAUCUCUUGCUGUUCAGGCCUACCUCAGGAUGUGCGGUCUACCUGUACAGGUGGUUUGCAGAGCUAAUGCUGAAUACAUGUCACCUUCUGGUAAGAUUCCCUUCAUCCAUGUAGGUAACCAGGUUGUGUCAGAACUGGGACCAAUUGUGCAAUUCACCAAAGCUAAGGGUCAUUCUUUGAGCGAUGGCUUAGAUGAUGUUCAACGAGCUGAGAUGAAAGCGUACAUGGAGCUAGUCAACAACAUGCUGCUAACUGCAGAGUUGUACAUCCAGUGGUGUGAUGAUGCUACAGCUGCUGAGAUCACCCGUCCCAGGUACAGCAGUCCGUACUCGUGGCCUCUCUGUAACAUCCUGUCCUAUCAGAAGCAGUGGGAGGUCCGCAGGAAGAUGAAUGCUGUCGGCUGGGGAGGGAAAUCUCUGGAGCAGGUUCUUGAGGAUGUGAGUCAGUGCUGCCAGGCUCUCUCUCAGAGGCUAGGAACCCAACCAUACUUCUUUAAUAAACAGCCUACAGAGCUGGACGCGUUGGUGUUUGGUCACCUCUUCACCAUCCUGACUACCAGACUGACCAGCACUGAGCUGGCAGAAAGGAUCAAGAGCUACAGUAACCUGCUGUCCUUCUGCAGACGUAUUGAACAGACCUACUUUGAAGACAAGAGCUCGUGAAGGACAAAAAGAAGACAAAACAAGUUCUCCUCCUCUGUAUUUUCUCAUCCUGUACAUUCUGCCCGUCCUACUCUCAUUCCCUCUCUGUAGUUCUGAGAAGCUAAAAACAGCUUAUAUUCCCCAUGCCUGUCCCUUUGUGAUUCUUGCUGUCCUUCACCUCCUUUUUGCUUUGUAUGUGUGUUUUGUUGCAUGCAGCUGAUAGGAGUCAAAUGGGGCAAGUUUUUUUUUUUAGAAUUUAGAUGUGCGUAUUGCACAUAGAUAAUUACAGCAGGGCUGAAGUUCUGUACUGUAAUUCCAGUCAUUACUGGCAUCAAAGUAGGCUAAAUUCACAGUAAAGAUCAUUCUUAAGAAUGCUGAGAAAUGCUUUUACUUAGCGGAACAUAGAAUCAACGUUUUCUAAGAACACAAACCACAUGUGCUGGUAGGUCUGAUCUGCUGACUUGUUUUAUUGAACUGGCAGCCAUCAAAUGAGUUCUCAUUAGACCAUGGAGCCUUUUUCUUUCUAGCAUUAUGGGAAUUAAAUGAAAAUAUAGGUUCUAGUAAUGCCACUCUUCAUUGAUGAACUGAUUCAUUUCAGCAGAGUGGAUGAUUUCCAAAACAGAUGGCACAGGCUUGUUUAUGUACUCUUGUGUCUCUGUUAUUUGUAUAUGCUACACAGGACUACUGUUUACUCUGACUUGCAUCAUGGUGCAUUUAAAAACUCUCAGACUCUCAGAGAGGUUGGGAAUGGAUUUAUCUGCUAUGUGACAAGGCUGCCUUUCAAAAGGCACGACUCCACUUGAGCUAGGUUUGAAGUGAAAUGGCUCGCUUUUAUUUCUCCUUUUUUUUUCCUUUCAGGAACUCCAUGAUAUUGUAAGAAAUCUGUGGUAGUGUUAAACUACAAUUGCUUUUCAUCUGUACAAAAACCACCAUCACAUGAACAUAAUGACAAUUAAGAGGAUGUGACUUAUUCUUAGUUUUUCCACUGUCUUUUUUUCUUUGUGUGAAUUAAAAGUGCCUACAAAUUAAAGUCAUCAAAUUCAA